CAAGCCUGACACUGGAGGCUGCGGUGGCGAGGACAGCCGGUUGGGAAGACUUUCCCUGCCCCGGACUCCUUGUUUUUUUUCCCUCCAAGUGACACACUGAACCGGGACUCACUUCUUUCCAUUUUCUGAAUUUGAACCACCGUCUCCAUUGUCUCGCAAUCGACACGCGAAGCCUGGGGCGAUGGACCCGUUUACGGAGAAACUGCUUGAACGAACCCGUGCCCGGCGAGAAAAUCUUCAGAGAAAGAUGGCCGAGAGGCCCACAGCAGCACCAAGGUCUGUGUCUCUUGCCAAGCGAGCCAGAGAGCCGCUUGCAGAAGCGAGUAACCAGCAACCCCUGUCUGGUGAUGAAGAGAAAUCUUGUACAAAACCAUCGCCAUCCAAAAAACGCUGUUCUGACAACACUGAAGUAGAAGCUUCCAACUUGGAAAAUGAACAACCGGUUGAGUCAGUUUCUGCCAAACCUUGUUCUCCGAGUCCUGUGUCCCCUCAGGCGCAGCCACAGGCGCCAGCUCCGGCCAGUGAUUCCCUGCCUGCCCACCGGGCAUCGCGGCUGGGCCCGCCGAAAGCACUGAACUCAGGCUCGGAAGCGACUGCAGCCUCCUCUGUGAAAACACGCAUGCAAAGGCUGGCAGCCCAGCGGCGCCACUGGGAUGACGACGAUGUGACAGAUGAUACCCCUGAAAAUCCACUGGUCUCAGCAGUGCCAGUAGAAGACAAGGCUGCCGCCCUUCCCAAACCAGCAGAAGCCUCCGCAACUCCAGUUGGGAGAAGGGGUCGUCUGGCCAACCUCGCUGCAACUAUUUGCUCCUGGGAAGAUGAUGUCAGUCACUCAUCUGCAAAGCAGAACAGGGCACCAGAACAGCCUGGUACCACUUGUUUAUCCAGAGUUUCCUCUGCAAGCGGAGCAUCUGCUGGCAUCAAUAGUAGCAGUGUUGAGCAGGAAGCUGCAAGCUGCCCCCAGAGGGGUGGCGAGGCCCCUGUGACCAGGGCCCUGGCCCCUAGAGCCGGGGCUGCAGCUCGGAGCGCCGCGCCAGUUCCCAGCCCUGCGAAAGCUCCUUCUGCCCCUGUGAAAUCUUCUGUAUCUAUCACUGAUGCUAAAAAUUGUGAGGUACAAAAUCCUGAGCGACUUCAAAAAACUCCUGUUAGUCCUCUGAAAACAGAGGUAUCGAAACCAGUCGGGAAGUCAGUCGUAUCCCAGACAGUUCGGCCUAAAGAAGAAUUAAGUAGAGAAACCUGUCUGCAGUCUCAACCUGAAGACAAAUCUACAACAACAGGAGGAGCAGGAUUCAAGCCUUUCCUGGAGCGAUUUAGUGAGCGUUGUCUAGAACGCGGCAAAGGAAGUCCCGCUCGUAGCACACCCCAUAGGUCCCCCGUUCUCACUCCAAACACAAGGGCCAUCCAGGAGAGGUUUUUAAAGCAGAACACAUCUUCGUCUACCACCCACGUAGCACAGCGGCUCAAGCAGGAACGUGAGAAAGAACUAGCAUGUCUUCGUGGCCGAUUUGACAAGGGAAAUUUAUGGAGUGCAGAAAAAGGCGGAAACUCAAGAAGCAAACAACUAGAAACCAAACAGGAAAUUCACUGUCAAAACACUCCCCUCAAAAAACAUCAAGUUGUUUCUAAUACCCCAUCACGUCCAGUAACAGAAAAGGAAGAAGUGACAGAAAAUCAGACUCCAGCGAAACCUCCCAGGACGGGACCUACAGGUUUCACUGAAUGUGAAAUGACAAAGUCUAGCCCUUUGAGAAUAACAUUGAUUUUAGAAGAGGAAAAGUCUUUAAAAGUAACCUCAGAUCCAAAGGUUGAGCAGCAGAAAGAAGUGGCACGUGAGAUUGAGAUGAGCGUGGAUGACGAUGAUGACAUCAAUAGUUCAAAAGUGAUUAAUGACAUCUUCAGUGAGGUCCUAGAGGAAGGUGGGCUGGAUGUGCCAAAGAGCCAAGAGGAGAUGGAUCGGGCAGACGCAGAGAGCGGCGAAGACCAGGAGGACGCACUGAACAUCUCUUCCAUGUCUUUGCUUGCUCCGUUGGCGCAGACCGUUGGUGAGAGUUUAGUUUCCUCACCUAGACUGAAAGACAGCAGCGCGUGUGAUGAGAGUCCAACACCAGGAAAAUUCCAGAGAACCCGUGUUCCUCGGGCUGAGUCCGGCGAUAGCAUUGGUUCUGAGGAUCGGGGUCUUCUUUACAGCAUCGAUGCAUACAGAUCUCAGAGAAUCAAAGAAACAGACCGUCCUUCAAUAAAGCAGAUUGUUCGGAAGGAAGAUGUCACUUCAAAGUCGGAGGGAAAGAAGCAUGCUGAAGAAAAGAGUGUCUUUCCUUGUCAGGUUAACGUCAAACAGAAGAUGCAGGAGCUCAACAAUGACAUCAACCUGCAGCAGACAGUAAUCUACCAAGCCAGCCAGGCUCUGAACUGCUGUGUGGACGAGGAGCACGGGAAAGGGUCCCUAGAAGAAGCUGAGGCAGAAAGACUUCUUCUGAUCGCAACUGAGAAGAGGACACUUUUGAUUGAUGAGCUGAAUAAACUGAAGAGUGAAGGGCCUCAGAGGAAGAAUAAGGCUGGUCCCAUCUCCCACGGUGAUUUUGUCCCGUCCACAGGAUCAGUUACUUUGUCAGAAAUCCGCUUGCCUCUGAAAGCAGAUUUUGUCUGCAGCACAGCUGGGAAAGCGGAUGCAGCGAAUCACUAUUUCCUGAUUAUACUGAAAGCUGGGGCUGAGAAUAUGGUGGCUACGCCACUGGCAAGCACUUCAAGUUCUCUUACUGGUGAUGCCCUGACGUUCUCUACUGUGUACACUCUGGAAGAUGUGUCCAAUGACUUUGAAAUCGGUAUUGAAGUUUACAGCUUGGUGCAAAAGAAAGACCCCUCAGUGGCUGAUAAGAAGAAAAAGGCACAUAAAUCCAAGGCUAUUACUCCAAAGCGACUUCUCACAUCUAUUACCACAAAAAGCGCCCUUCAUUCUUCAGUUAUGGCUAGUCCAGGCGGCCUCAAUGCCGUGCGUACCAGCAACUUUAUCCUUGUUGGAUCCUACAUGCUGUCGUUAUCUUCGGUCGGAAAUACUAAAUUUGCUCUGGAAAAGAUAAAUUAUGAUGUAAAAGAGCGAGAGCUACUGGGCUAUUUGUUCCAGGAAAAGGUGCCCUUUUUAUCUCCUUUGGAAGGUCAUAUUUAUUUAAAAAUAAAAUGUCAGGUGAAUUCAAGUGUUGAAGAAAGAGGUUUUCUAACCAUAUUUGAAGAUGUUAGUGGUUUUGGUGCCUGGCACCGACGAUGGUGCAUUCUGUCUGGGAACUGCAUCUCUUAUUGGACUUACCCAGAUGAUGAGAAACGCAAGAAUCCUAUGGGAAGGAUAAAUCUGGCCAACUGUACCAGCCGCCAGGUAGAACCAGCCAACAGAGAAUUCUGUGCGAGACGAAACACUUUUGAAUUAAUCACUGUCCGACCGCAAAGAGAAGAUGACCGAGAGACUCUUGUGAGCCAGUGCAGGGACACGCUCUGUGUCACCAAGCACUGGCUGUCUGCAGACACCAAGGAGGAGCGGGAUCUCUGGAUGCAGAAACUCAAUCAAGUUCUUGUUGACAUUCGUCUCUGGCAGCCUGACGCCUGCUACAAGCCUCUCGGAAGGCCCUGAACUGUGGGGAGCUCCAGGCAUCCGGAGGCUUGUUGGAGCCAUGUACCUUAGGAGCAUUAGCUAUGCCAAUUGCAGUUCAUGCUUUAAAAAUGAAAGGGUAUGUGCCAAUAUUCAAUACAUGUUAUGCAGUAUUUAUAUCUUUUGUUUGUAAAACUUCAACUGAUUUCUCUUCUGUCAUUUAUUAAUUUAAAAGUCUCAUUUUCCUAGCGGUCUGAGUAUUUAGUUAUUCAUAAUGUUUUGUGUUUUUAAGUAAGAAAAUGGAAGUUGUCUUCUUGGAGCUGUGGGUCUCAAAAGUAGAGAGGUCUUCCGGAGUCAGAGGUCACUCUCUCGUUAGCCUCAGUACCUUUUUCCUUAGGUUGUGGUCCUUUAUUGGAUAUAACUUGUUAUUAUUGCACUGAAAAAUUUCUGAGGAACUUUACAGAAGUAGUUUUAGUGGUGGAGGUGAGGGCUUUCUCACGCAGCGAAUGCACAGCAGUUUAAAGCUUGAGGCUUUGAACAGGAAAUGUGUACUUAGGGGCCCUAGGGAGUUAAAUGUUUUGUUUAGAAUACAAUAAUCAAAUGGUUUACGUUGCUCACUGACUACAGAUGCUGCAUGGUGCACAUUUCCAUCAAAUGUAGGCUUUUAAAAGUAAUUAUUUUUACUCUAGCUAACAGACUCCUUAAAUAUACUCGGCGCACUGGUUUCUUUCUGUCCCUGUAACAAGAACAGAUGUAAAUGGGAGUUUUUACAUAAGAAAGUAAACUUUACAAGCUGCUGUGGACUAAUACUUUGCUUGCCAAAGUUCUGGACGCUUUUACUUUUCGUGUCUAGAAAUCCAUUAUGCUUAUGAAAUCAUUUGAAACAUUGUUAAGUAAUGUAUUUCUUUAAAAGACACUUUACUUUUUGUUACAGACUAUUGUAAAGCAUUAUCUCAAACUCAAGCACAGUUUGACUUUCCUCUCCGAGUUGUUCAAGUUAUUGAUGAUCUCAUAAACACUAAAUUCUGUCACCUGUCAUUUACAGUUUAUUCGUUUAAAUGUGUUUUUUCUUAUGUGUAUUAUAAAAAUGUAUUUUAUGAUCUCUUACCUAAAUAAACACUUUAGAUGGCGUGAGGAGUCCUGUUCACACGUGUGGUGUGGCUGCCCCGCUCCCAGGCUGUGGGCGUCUUGAGAGUGUUUUCCUGCCAGUGUCUCUCAUCCUUUGUCUGUGUCCCAGGGCUAGACUCACUGUGUGCUCUAGGGCUGCUGUUGAAUGAGUGAGUGGAUCGGGGGUGAGCAGGGUCGCUGUUGAGUGAUGG